CCCGGCUGCGCGGCGCUCUGUGUGCUGCUGUUGGCCCAGGUGGCUGUGCAGCAGGCACCUGCGUGCUCCGUGGGACCCGCAGCGGCCUCGCCAGGGAGCCCGAGCGUCUGGCGUCCUCCGGGUGCUGUGGCUCAGCCGGACUGGAUGGAAAAAGGCGAAUAUGACCUGGUGUCUCCCUAUGAGGUUGACCACAAUGGAGACUAUGUGUCCCACGAAAUCACACACCCUCAAAGGAGGAAGAGGGCGCUGGCCCAGCUCGGGGUGGAGUCUCUCCACCUUCGGCUGAAGGGCUUCAGGCACGACUUCCACAUGGAGCUGAAAGCUUCCAGCAACCUGGUGGCCCCCGGAUUUAUCGUGCAGACACUGGGGAAAGGAGGUACUAAGUCCGUGCACACCUUCCCGCCUGAGGAUUUCUGUUUCUAUCAAGGCUCCUUACGAUCCCACAAAAAUUCCUCGGUGGCUCUCUCAACAUGCAAAGGUUUGUCUGGCAUGAUAAGAACACAAGAAGCAGAUUACUUCCUAAAGCCGCUUCCUUCACACCUGGCGGGGAGACUGCAGGACCCCGCCGGGGCUGGGCCCCCCUCCCACAUACUGUACAAGAGAUCAGCAGAAGUGCGGGCUCCGGGGGCUCCCCAGGCUGUCAUGACCGAGAGGGAUCGGGAGCUGGGGAAUCCACACCUGCGAGGCGGCUUCAACCUCCGGCACCCACCAAAGCAACAUUUCUGUGGAAGACGCAAGAAAUACAUGCCCAAGCCUCCCAAGGAGGACCUCUUCGUCCUGCCUGACGAGUACGCGUCUUGCUUACGGCAUAAGCGCUCUCUGCUGAAGUCCCAUAGGAACAAAGAGCUGAACGUGGAGACGUUGGUGGUUGUCGACAGAAAGAUGAUGCAGAACCACGGCCACGAAAAUAUCACCACCUACGUGCUGACCAUACUCAACAUGGUGUCUGCUUUGUUCAAAGACGGAACGAUAGGAGGAAACAUCAACAUUGCAAUUGUAGGUCUGAUCCUUCUAGAGGAAGAACAGCCGGGGCUCGUGAUAAGCCACCACGCGGACCACACGUUAAGUAGCUUCUGCCAGUGGCAGUCGGGAUUGAUGAGCAAAGACAGCACGCGCCACGACCAUGCCAUCUUGCUGACGGGUCUGGACAUAUGUUCCUGGAAGAAUGAACCCUGUGACACCUUGGGAUUUGCGCCCAUAAGUGGAAUGUGUAGUAAAUAUCGCAGCUGCACAAUUAAUGAAGAUACAGGUCUUGGACUGGCCUUCACCAUUGCCCAUGAGUCUGGACACAACUUUGGCAUGGUCCAUGAUGGAGAAGGGAACGUGUGCAAAAAGUCUGAGGGCAACAUCAUGUCCCCCACGUUGGCAGGACGCAACGGGGUCUUCUCCUGGUCACCCUGCAGCCGCCAGUACCUGCACAAAUUUUUAAGCACUGCCCAAGCGCUGUGCCUCGCGGAUCAGCCGAAGCCUGUGAAGGAGUACAAGUACCCCGAGAAGUUGCCGGGAGAGUUAUAUGACGCCAACACUCAGUGCAAGUGGCAGUUUGGAGAGAAAGCCAAGCUCUGCAUGCUGGAUUUUAAAAAGGAUAUCUGUAAAGCCCUGUGGUGCCACCGGAUCGGAAGGAAAUGUGAAACUAAGUUUAUGCCCGCAGCAGAAGGCACUAUUUGUGGGCUUGACAUGUGGUGCCGUGGAGGACAGUGUGUGAAAUACGGCGACCAAGGCCCCAAGCCCACCCAUGGCCAUUGGUCAGACUGGUCUUCCUGGUCCCCCUGUUCCAGGACCUGCGGAGGAGGGGUCUCUCACAGAGACCGCCUGUGCACAAAUCCCAAACCAUCGCACGGAGGGAAGUUCUGUGAGGGCUCGACUCGUACUCUGAGGCUCUGCAACCGUCAGCAGUGUCCGCACAAUAGCCUUGACUUCCGCGCACUGCAGUGCGCCGAGUACAAUGGCAAACGGUUCCGAGGAUGGCGCUACACGUGGAAGCCAUACACCCAAGUGGAAGAUCAGCACUUAUGCAAACUCUACUGUAUCGCAGAAGGAUUUGAUUUCUUCUUUUCUUUGUCAAAUAAAGUCAAAGAUGGGACUCCAUGCUCGGAGGAUAGCCGUAAUGUUUGUAUAGAUGGGAUAUGUGAGAGAGUCGGAUGUGACCAUGUCCUUGGGUCCAAUGCUGUAGAAGAUUCCUGUGGUGUGUGCAGGGGCAAUAACUCAGACUGCACAACGCACAAGGGGCUCUAUGCCAAGCACCAUGGCGCCAACCAGUAUUAUCAGAUGGUCACCAUUCCUCCUGGAGCCCGGAGUAUUCGCAUCCACGAGAUAAACGUGUCUACCUCCUACAUCUCUGUGCGCAACGCUCUCAAAAAAUACUACCUGAACGGACACUGGACGGUCGACUGGCCCGGCCGAUACAAGUUUUCAGGCACCACGUUUGACUACAGACGGUCCUCCCACCAGCCGGAGAGCUUAACCUCGUCUGGGCCAACCAACGAAACACUGGUUGUGGAGCUUCUGUUUCAGGGAAGGAACCCGGGUGUUGCUUGGGAGUACUCGGUGCCUCGGCUGAGCAGGGAAAAGCCUGGCAGCCAGCCUCGCUACAGGUGGACCAUCAUCCGCUCCGAGUGCUCCGUGUCAUGCGGUGGGGGAAUGUCUAAAUUGGUAAAGGUAGCUCACUACAGGAACAUUCUCAGCUAG